CUUCGCAGAUCAGGGACGCCAGCGCCGCAAUCGCUGCCGGCUUCUUCUACGCCAUUUCUCGCUCCCUCCUCCCUCGCAUUCUCUGUAAACCUAGCCAAUCGCCUGCAGUCCGAUAGGUUACUAGUUCGAUCCUAGUUGCCUCCUUAUCCGAUGAAUCCCAUCGGAUAAGGCGCUCCACGAGGUUGUGGUGGUAUAAAAUGGGCCUAGAUCUCAGAGUUACUCUAGAUCUUAAGAAUGGAACCUCUCACAGCAGUUCCAAAGCUCUACACCAUCGAGUCCACUGCUUAUCCUGGCUACUGCAUUACUCAGCAAGGCACCCAGAUUGUUCUCAAGUUCAAGGAUGCGCUCAAUCCCUUCCAACUCUGGUACAGGGAUGAGUCAUGGCAGUUCCUGGGCGAGGAUAACAGUGACCUCUCCGCGUUGGUGUUUAUAAACCACGGCUCCAAGAAAGCUCUUCGCUCCCAGUCAUCCUCAACUUCCCGGAGCAUUGCCAAGCUUACUGUUGGAGAUUAUGAUCCGGCAGUUGAGAACAAUUCUCUCCUCUGAAGCUCGGACGAUCAAGUCUUCGUCACAGAGACUGGGAAUUCGUCCGUGUUUUUGAGCCACAUUUCGUCGUCGAGGUCCAGCUUUAAAGACGGGGUGCCAGUGGUGACAUCUGCCCAGGGUGAAAACUCUAGGUGGAAGAUCGUUGCUUAUGUGCCUUCUCAAGUGUACAGGAUUCUGUGUCACUGGUUUGGGAAUUACUUGACUUGGAAGCAGCAAAAUGUGGACGUAACUUUCAAGGAUGCAAUCAAGCACAACGACUAGAUA